AUGCCCACAGAAUCCCAAUCCCCUCAAUACCGCCUCCAUGUCACCGCCGGCCCCUCCUACGACCCCAAAUCGCACCAGACAGUCCCCGUCAACCAGGAUACGCCCCUGCACAUUGAAAGCGACCAAGCGCUCGUGGACCUCUGCGUGCGCAUACAAAACUACAAUGGCUACCCCGAAAACUCCCCCUCUAGCAACGCCUACUUCAAGCAUCCCUCGCACGAAAACGACGCCUACAGCAUCUCCUUCAGCAUCAUCUUCAAACACCCCGUCGACGGCAACGCCCUCCUUUUCGGCAACGACUUUGACCAUCCCGUGCGCGAUCGACUUCCUCCAGGGUUCGGGGCAGGCUUACGCCUCAUGAAAUGGGCCAUCGACCCGUCCCUCGACGGCGACGCCUACGCCGACAAACCCUACCUGUACAGUCCUGCGCUCGCGACCUGGAACCAGUUUUUAAUCGGGGGAUUGCGCACAAAACACGAUAGCGACACGAGCGGUUCGAACCCAGAGAAACCUACCGCACGAAUCGUCGAAGAAGGCGCCGAAGACGACGGCGUGCCCGUGCGGCGCGGCCUCUGCAUCCCCGAUACGGCAAGCGAACGCAGACGCUUCUUCCAGGACGAGCCUGUGCGGAAGGAGUUUGUGUUCCAGCCUGGGAGGGCGUACUGGGUUGAUUUUGGAAAUCCGUAUCUGGGGUUCAGUGAUUUCACGUUACGAUUGCCUGGAAUCACGCUCAAUGGAUUACCGUAUAUUGACGAGGUGAAUAACUAUUUGCGGUAUGUGUUGAAGGAUCGCGAUACGGGGGUGGUGUAUUUGGUGGUGGUGUUUACAAUGGUUAAGCAGGGGGAUGGGGGCGAUGCUAAGGAUGGUGAUGGUGGGGAUGAUGAUGAAGAUGAUGAGGAGGCGAAGAAGAGAUUUGAGUGGGAGCCGGAUCCGUCGCUGGAUGAUGUUGAAUAG